UAAGAAGAAGAGCAAAGGAAAGAUGUGGCGGUUCCUGAAGGUAGGCGGUCGCAGCCAUUUUCCCCUUUCUUGUGCGCUCCGAAUCCGAAGUUUGCUCCAUCUGCCACGCUCCUUCUCUUGUGUUUGUGUGGUGGUAGAUGUUGCGGAUGGGGAGAGGGUUGACACUUCAAAACCAGGCUUUAUCCACCCCGCUGCCAUUGUUCACCCCAAUGCCGUCAUCGGCCAGGGUGUUUCGAUUGGUCCUUUUUGUUCUGUUAGCUCCUCUGCAAAACUAGGGAAUGGCUGCCAACUAUAUCCCGGAAGCCAUGUUUUUGGAAGUACAGAGUUAGGGGACAAUUGCAUGUUGAUGACCGGUGCUAUUGUUGGUGAUGAUUAUCCUGGAUGUACCAUCAUUGGAAGUAAUAACAGAAUAGGAUAUCAUGCUGUGAUAGGUGUCAAAUGUCAAGACAUGAAAUACAAGCCAAAGGAUGAAUGUUUCCUGGAAGUUGGACACAAUAAUGAUAUUAGGGAACAUACUUCAAUCCAUCGAUCUUCAAAAUCAACCGAUAGGACGGUUAUUGGUAGCGGCAAUUUUAUAAUGGGAUCUUGUCAUAUUGCCCAUGAUUGCAAGAUUGGUAACAACAAUAUUUUUGCUAACAAUACUCUUCUAGCUGGGCAUGUCGAAGUGGAAGACUACGUUCACACUGCAGGUGCAACUGUUGUGCACCAAUUCUGUCAUCUUGGCUCUUUUGCCUUUCUUGGUGGUGGUUCUGUGGUUUCACAAGAUGUCCCAAAGUACAUGAUGGUAUCCGGAGAAAGAGCUGAGCUUCGGGGUCUAAAUUUGGUGGGCCUUACACGAUAUGGAUUCAGCAUUGCAGAGAUCAGGAGCCUGAGGACAGCUUAUCGAAAGAUAUUCAUGUGUAUUGAUGCAAAUGCCGGGUCUUUUGAAGAAAGGCUUGCAGAAGUGGAGCAGCAUGGAAAUUUGGUUCAUGUUCCUGCUGUGCGUGCUAUGCUGCAGUCUAUUCGCAACUCUUUUGCAGAAGAUCGUCGUGGAAUAUGCAAGUUUAGACAAUGGAAUGUCUCUUGAAGCAUGCCGAGGUUUUCAGUUGCCAUGCCGUUUCUGCUCAAGUGACAACUCACGAUCAUUAUAUAUAUUCCAUGACUGCUCACCAAUGGGAGGCCUUUUACAGUGAAGUUAGUUUACAGUGCAGUGGUUCUCUUCAUUUGUCAUAUUUUUUGGAAGAGUUUGUUGUAUUAUUAAGGGAGAAUUCAUUAUGAAUCUCGAAUUUUGUAUAGGUCACUAUUUUCUGUACCAAGUCAAUAUUUAGCCUGAAAUGCAUAAAAUUUUGGUAUCUUA